UCAUGCAGAUCUGCUGGCUGUAAAAACAGGUCUGUAAGUCAGCUGAUGUUGCCGGCGCCCCAGCUCGUUGAUAUCUCCGGUGUGUGGACUGUUCGGGAGUUAGGCACUAGGAAACCCUGCGAAAGAAGAUGAAGAAAACCAGAGAAAGAGUCUACAACAGAGAGAGGGAAUUUGUGUAUAAAUUCAAAGUAGGAACUCAAUGCUUAGAACUGAGGGUACCUCUCAAAUUUCCUGUUCAAGAGAAUGCGAGUCAUUUACAUGGACGUCUGAUGCUGCUGCACAGUUUACCAUGCUUUAUAGAAAAAGACUUAAAAGAAGCUCUGAGCCAGUUUAUAGAAGAAGAAUCCCUCAGAGAUUAUGAUAGAGAUGCUGAAGCAUCCCUGGAAGCUGUGAAAUCAGGUGAAGUUGAUUUACAUCAGCUGGCCAGUACGUGGGCCAAAGCUUAUGCUGAGACCACAUUAGAGCAUGCGAGGCCUGAAGAGCCCAGCUGGGAUGAAGAUUUUGCAGAUGUAUACCAUGACCUAAUCCAUUCUCCGGCCUCUGAAACUCUUCUAAAUUUGGAACAUAAUUACUUUGUUAGUAUCUCAGAACUGAUUGGUGAAAGAGACGUGGAGCUGAAAAAGUUACGAGAGAGACAAGGUAUUGAAAUGGAAAAAGUGAUGCAGGAAUUGGGGAAAUCACUGACAGAUCAAGAUGUAAAUUCACUGGCUGCUCAGCAUUUUGAAUCCCAGCAAGACUUAGAAAAUAAAUGGUCAAAUGAAUUAAAACAAUCAACUGCCAUCCAAAAACAAGAAUAUCAGGAAUGGGUGAUAAAACUUCAUCAAGACCUAAAAAACCCCAACAACAGCUCCCUCAGUGAGGAAAUUAAAGUUCAACCGAGUCAGUUCAGAGAAUCCGUAGAAGCAAAUGGAAGGAUUUAUGAGGAGCAGAGAAAGUUGGAAGAAAGUUUUACCAUUCACUUAGGAGCCCAGUUGAAGACCAUGCAUAAUUUGAGAUUGCUGAGAGCAGAUAUGCUGGACUUCUGUAAGCACAAAAGAAAUCACCGAAGUGGCGUGAAACUCCAUCGACUCCAGACUGCACUCUCACUUUAUUCCACCUCUCUCUGUGGCCUGGUUUUACUUGUAGACAAUCGAAUCAAUUCAUAUAGUGGUAUUAAAAGAGAUUUUGCCACAGUUUGCCAAGAAUGUACUGACUUCCAUUUUCCCCGGAUCGAAGAGCAACUGGAAGUUGUCCAGCAGGUGGUACUUUAUGCUAGAACCCAACGAAGGAGUAAGUUGAAAGAAUCACAUGAUUCUGGAAACCGAAAUGGAGGAAGUGACGAUAAGGCUAAAAAUUCUGACAGGAUCUAUUUAAAUAUUUUACCUGGAGAAUUUUAUAUUACACGGCAUUCUAAUCUCUCUGAAAUACAUGUUGCUUUCCACCUUUGUGUGGAUGACAAUGUGAAAUCGGGAAACAUCACUGCUCGAGAUCCUGCCAUUAUGGGACUCCGAAAUAUACUCAAGGUUUGCUGUACCCAUGACAUCACAACAAUAAGCAUACCUCUCUUGCUGGUGCAUGAUAUGUCAGAGGAAAUGACUAUACCAUGGUGCUUAAGGAGAGCAGAACUGGUGUUCAAGUGUGUCAAAGGUUUCAUGAUGGAAAUGGCUUCUUGGGAUGGAGGUGUUUCCAGGACGGUGCAGUUUCUGGUACCACAGAGUAUUUCUGAAGAAAUGUUCUAUCAACUUAGUAACAUGCUCCCCCAGAUCUUCCGAGUGUCAUCAACGCUUACUCUGACGUCCAAGCACUGAACCCUUAGAGACUGACACUCUGGCAGAAGACUGCCAAACUCUCCAGGAACCUGAGCUGUGCUGGGCUUCUGUCAAGCAAAAGAUGCCCGGAAAGAGAACUUGCAAUCCAAGCCACAAAUCAAAUCAUGAUAUAUGUCUGUGAAACCUUCCAAAAAUUCAUAUACUGUAUAGUCUAGUGAUCAGCAUUUUACUUAUAUAUUUACUCUUAAAAUGCCUCUUUGAAAGAAAUCUUUCUUUCUACUGUUAUGUCCUCUCUGUGAAUAUUAGUAAGUUAAAACAUCCUAUAUAUCAUAUCUGGACACUUGAUGUAGGAGAUUGUUGAUUACAUUUUCAUGAAGACAUCUGACUUUUCCAAAAGGUUUGAAUCCUAUCUAGUGCAAGACUUAAUCAGCCAUAUAAAUAAAAUCUUCCCUUUACCUUAUUUGCCAAGUGAAAAUUAAAAGACGUUGAGAUACACA